AGCGCCGCCGUCGUUUGUCUGUGUCUCCCCCCUCACUUCAAUUGACCCCGCUUUCCUUUGCCACCUCGCAUUCGUUACGGAAGCAAAGUCAGACCACACGUUGCGUUCUCAAAGCAACUGCACAAAGGAAAACCUUAGUAUUUUUUCUUCCAUCAAACACUUCCCCUUUCACAUUAAACUACUCCAAUUAGUAUCUUGAAAAUCUUCCGUAUCAUUUGCUGAUAAUACCACCCUAUAAAAAGCAAAAAAACACUGCUCUUAUCAGUCUUUUUCCCCUCGAUAUCCAACGAACAAACAAACAAACACCCACUCCAAAAAAUGAUGUAUAUUCCUUUUGCUGUAGGUGCAGGGGCGUUCUCUGUGCUAAACGCGUGCGGCUCCGUUGCGUGUUGGUACAACAGCAGCCGCCGCAUCAUGCUCUUCACCGGCGCCAUCAACACGGCCAUUGGCGGGGCAGCCAUUGUGAUGUACCCCUAUGACGCGAAGCUCUCAAACGUCUACAUGUGCGCCGCUGCCGCCUCGGCUUCUGCGCAGUACUUUCUGCACGCCAUGCGGACGCCGCGGUUGCUGAUGCCUUCUUUUCUGAACUCGCUCUACGUAAUGUGGUCAGGCGGUCUGUUGGUCUACGCGUAUCAACGAGCGAAGUGGGUGUACGCGCUCCGUUACGACUAA